UUUUUAGUUUUGUUUAAAGGAACAAGUGUUGAUAAAGCAACAAGUGUAUUACAAUUUUUUGCGGUGUUAUUCAUUUAAACAACACACAAAGUGCAAACAAAUUAAAAUGCAACUAUCUCUGCUCUGGACACUGCUCGCAGUGCUGCCAGCCGCACGGGCCGUGUUGUCGCCUUCGCGAGCCUAUGACGAUGAGAAUACAUCGUUGCAACUGAGUCUGGAGGAUUUGGAACGCGAGCAGGAGCAACAACAGCAACAACUACAGCUACAGCAGCCGCAUCCCUUCGAUCUCAAUCGUCCGCCACUGCUGCCCAACCACUACGAGUGGCAUCCCAGUGUGGCAGCCAGCGUGCCACCCAGCUAUGUGCAUGAUGCCGCCCAACUGGAGCAAGCCGAGCGCUUGCGGCAAUUGCAUUUGCAACAUCAACAGCUCAGCGCUGGCUACGCGCUGCCCUCUCACCUGCCGGACAGUCUGCUACUGCUUGGUGGCCCCAAUGGCAACGUCGUCUUGCCCACGCCAGCGACAACACCAACAGCGGCAACAACAACAACGACGACGGCAGCAGCAAUAAAGUCGGGAACGCGACUGCUUCAACCCAUUGUUCCCUUUGAUCUGGACCUGCAGCUUCAGUUGAAUGGCGUGCAGUAUCUAAAUGACAAUGCCCUGCCACGCCCACUGCCCAGACUAGUGCCACGUCCACUGCGACCACCGUACACCUACGUGCAGCAACAGCAGCAACCCCUACGAUCCACAUACAAUCCACCUCCCAGUCAAUUAUCACCAAUUCCCCCCCAAUCAAAGCAAUUUGCCUACGCUCCGCUGCCACAGCGCAAUUAUGCAACAGCUCCUCGGAUCCCAUUGCCAUAUCCACCCAGCUUUAUAAGCAUCACAACGCGUCGACCAGGCGCAACUGGCUACAGCUCAGGCUAUGCGAAGCCCUUCAGACCCUCGCAACCAGAUCCAACGCCCGAUCUGUUUGCUGGUCGUGAAUCGAAAUCGCUGCUGGACUCGUAUAUACCCAGCUGGGAGGUUCUCCGGCUACUGCAGCAGCAUCAGCAAUCGCGUCCAGUGCAGCGGCAUACGCUCGCCUAUGCUGUGCCCAGCAUGCGACUCUUCAAGCGCAACUCGAAGGGAGUGGAAGGAGCGCCUGAGGGACGUCGCAUUGUGAAGAAAUCGCUGCCCAGCAACGGCGAUGCAACGAAAAUGACCAAAUUUACUUAGUUCGAAAUCGAUAGUAAUUGUGUAUGUUAGUUAAGAUUUUUUUCUUAUUUGUAUUUACUCGUAAUAUUAAUAUUUUAUUAUGCAUUUUCAUUUAUUUAUUAA